AUGAAGGUUCGUGUAAAGAAGAAGGUUUGUAUUGUUAUCAGUUUCCUUUUUAAUUUUUUUUUCCUUCUAGCAUGAGGCUGGAGCAGCGGUGGCUUACAUUUCUCGCAGGCAAGCCUUGAAGAAACUUCAGUUAUCAUUGAAAGAUUUCCGACGCCUAUGUAUUCUCAAGGUAAGAAAUAGGAUGUGGUGAGAAUUUAUCGUGUUUCAGGGAAUAUAUCCACAUGAGCCAGCACAUAAGAAAAAAGCGAACAAGGGUUCAACAGCGAACAAAGUUUUUUACUAUCGCAAGGACAUCAACUUUCUGGCACAUGAACCAAUAAUAAACAAGUUCCGCGAGUACAAGGUGAAUUUUUGAACUUGCCUUUCUAGUUUUAACUUUUGGCUUUGGAAGUUUCCACGUUUUAACAGUAAUUUCGAGAUGAAAUUUUGUUAAUUUUUUUGAAAAAGAGAUCUUAUAUAAACCUUUCAUGAAACUUAUUUAAAAAAAAUUUAAUGCAUCAUAGCCAUCAUAUGUCUCAAACCUCUUUGAUUUAGACUUUUUUUUAUUGAAGGUUUGGUUAUAUCUCAGCAGUUUUUACUCCAAAAGUGUUGGUCUGCAUAUUUUAUUCAACUACAUAUACCAUGAGUUAUUGGGAGAAAUAGAAACAAAUUGCACAUGUUUUAGUGCAUGCAAGAAAAACUGGUGUCGAGAAUAUUUUGAAAAUUCACAGUUUCGUCAAAAUAACAACUUAUUCUGGUUUUAUGUUCUUUUCUCAAUCAUCAAAAAAAAAAAUUUUUUUUAAGGUAGCAGUCAGUUAAUAAACUUCAGAGUCUUACGUUCUAUUCAAAACUUAUGGUUAUUCAGCAGUUCUCUGAAGACUGAAUAAAACUCUUAAAACUUAUGACUGGGUGUCAUUUUUUGUGUGAGUUGAUAAGUGAUCUCUGAGAGCGUGAACGAUGAAACGUCCACUUCCGAUUGUUUCAGGUCUUUUUGCGCAAGCUCAAUCAUUACAAAGCGAAGAAUGAAGAGACGAAGCUGAAAAAAUUGUAUGAAAAUAAACCGGAGUACAAUUUGGAUGUUGUGGUGAAAGAACGGUUUGAUUACCUUUUUUGCGGACAAUCUAAAUUUAGUUUCAGAUUCCCUACUUUUGGUUCUGCUAUUCGGGAUUUGGACGAUGCAUUGUCACUUUGUUUUACUUUCUCGAUGCUUCCACAUACGCGAAUCUUGAAAGAGGGGAUGAUUGAAAACUGCAAACGUUUGACUACUGAAUUUAUGCACUACAUAAUCGAGGCAAACGCUUUGAAGAACACUUUCAUAUCCAUCAAGGUUUCAUCUUUUGCUUGAUAGUUUUUAGAAAAUUCGAUCUUCUUUUUAGGGAAUUUACUAUCAAGCUGAAAUUUGCGGCGAAAAGGUCACAUGGAUCGUUCCUCAUGAACGCGGGCUACCCCACGUCACGGAUGUCGAUUUCACGAUUUUGGUAUUUUCAUUCAUUCUUUUUUCCAAACAAUUUGUGUUUCUCAAGGUUACUUUUGCGGAAUUCUACAUUGCAAUGCUCGGUUUUGUCAAUUACAAACUGUACCAAAUGAUUGGUCUUUACUAUCCACCUCAAAUUCAGACUGGUCAAUUGCAAACAGGUUUUUUCUUGCCUUUACAAAUUUUGAGAUUCACAGUUAUGAUAUUUAGAAGAAGAAAUGGAAACAGAAGAUUACAAAGAGCGUCUGUACAGUUUAGCAAAGCCUCUUGUUAAAAACAAGACCGACUCUCUGACCGAAGAAGUUUUUCUUCUUCUUAUACUUUCAGUCUUUCUUAUUUUUCGUCAUUUAGGAUCCGAUUGAUAUUUUCGGCGAUGAGGAAAACGCUCUUGCUCUGAAAAUCAAGGAGACAAAAGCUAUCAAGUUUGUACGGAUAUCUAAUGAAUAAUGAACUUGAUUGUAUUAGAUCCUUAUUCAAAAAUUGCGUUUUCUUCAUCAAUCGCGAGUGUCCUAAAGAAGCCCUAACGUUUAUCAUCAGGUGAAUCUUACCCGUUUUUCUUGAAAAUUGAAAUUUUCAACGAUUUCAGGAACUGUGGAGGCAUCGUUGGUUGGCAAUCUGGGCCAACAAGCAUUGAAGAAGGCAGCAAAGUACGUUAACUGUUUCAUUAUUUUUUUUUUUUUCAAUAAUAUUAAUUUUCGUGAUGAAACUAUCUUAAGGUGGAAGAAUAUAUGAAACGCUACCGCCUUAUGAACGCUAAGUUAUCGUCAUGGUUCUCAAAACAUUUUCAGAAAAAAAUAUCAAUUAGAAUGAGACUUGAAUGGAGAGAACGUAUUUUAGAGUAGUGUUAAGGGGUCAUUUAUAAAUUGAAUUCGAAACUUAAUUUAAAAAUAAUAUUGCUAAAUAAAAUGUUCUCUCAACUGGAAUUUUCAAAUAAAUAAACGCUACUUUCACGGGUGUUCCACGACUCUUCUUUGUUGAUUAUAUUAUUAAAUGUUCGUUGUUUUUCAGGCAAUAACCCACCAAGUUGUCGAUCGUCCUAUGGAGAAGUUUGAUAUCAACAGGUAAUCUUUAAAAUUUUGUUUUCCUAUUCGGGUAUAAGACUUUCAUAAAUUAGUUUCCAGACGUUACGUACAGCCACAAUGGAUUUUUGACUGUUUAAACGCAAGAAGAAAGCUCCCUACCGAAAAGUGAGUUCUUAAUAGUUUGUAAUGUCGUGUUUGAAAUGUUUUUUAAUCGAAAUUAGUUCAUAAAAAAAGUUUUUGAGCUUACUCAACUGACCAUAACAAAAAAAAUUAUAUCGUAUCUUGUUGCGUUAAAAUGAAAAUUUCUUGGUUUCUCAAUAAACUUUGACAAUUCUUUUAGUCUGAAAUUCGAAUUCAGUUCUUCCUUUCAGAUAUUUGCCGGGAGUAAAACUUCCACCUCACUUUUCUCCUUUCACCAGUGAAAAACCGGGCGACUACGUACCCGUGGAAAGACUUGACGAACUUCGAUCAAUGGGAAAAGGUCUACUAGUCUUGGGCGUUCUCAAAUUCAAAUACGGAAUAUUUUCUUCUUCUUCUUCUUCUUCUUUCUUCUUCUCCCUACGCUUUUGUAACGCUUGAGCGGCGUCGGCGCCUCAAGUCGAUUAGCCGAGGUCCCAUCCUGAUACCAAUGAUAAUCAGUGGACUGGCUCGAGUGACAUAUCCGUUCUUUUGCGCUACGGCGCGUCCCAAAUAUUGAAUAUUUUAUUUCCAAUAUUUGUUUUGAAGGUUGGAAAAACAUUGUUCUUGAAAAAAAUAGGAUGGUUUUCGAACUGGUUAGAAGUUUCAAAAUAAUUGAAAAAUGUGAAAAACUCAUAUUGUAGUAAAGUUUAUGGUUUUCAUUGAAAAAAAAAGUUAGAAUCAAAAAAAGUUGAUGAUAAAAAGGUUCAUCCUGUCCGCUUUUUAUUAUAUAUAAGUUGGUGUGAAACAAGUUUUUGUUCUUUAUAAUUUUGAAACGGCAGUUUUUCGUCAUUUUCUCAAUAAUAAUUUUAUAGGACUUGACGUGAUGUCAGGGUAAUUCCUGAUUAUUGAUAAAUUUUGACGCUCCAGUAAUUGCUCAAUGUUGAUAUUGAAAGUUUUUCUGAGAGAAAAUCAAUGUUAAGGAUCGAGCCAUUUUUAAAGUUUUUCAGAUGUGACGGAGUUGGAAAACGCUAUUCCGAAAACAGAAGACGAGUUGCCGAAGAGGAAAAAACAGCCGAAAGAAGAUCAAAAACAGGUUUCGUAAUCUUUCUUUCAUUCGAAAAAUUUCUUUUUUGCUUUUAAGGGAGUGCAUGUAUCGCUGGGUAAGAUGCAUAAAAAGAGCAAGGAAAAAUUCCACGAGACUGUCGAACAGGUUUUAGAAAAACUUUUUUUCAUUAUUUUUUUCUUGCUUUGCAGGGUAACGAGCUGAAGUUGAGAGAAAUGAUGAUCCCAAAAAAAGCAUCACCGCGUGUACAACGGAAUGAAGAAAGCGUUCAAGAGGAAUCGUCACGAGGCUUUGAAAUUGAAGAAAAAAGCGAAGCAGAACGCCGAUGCAUGAUUUUUUGUUUUUCAUGGAAAAUUUGUUGUCUGUUGCAGUUGUUAUUGUUGAUAAAGUUCUCUCUUUCAUUUUUUCCAGUUAUAAACUGUAUAGAAUCGCUGUUAAGAAUAUUUGAGAGGCGAAAUGAGAGAAAGGUUGAUUUUCAUAGCUUCAGUAGAAAGCGUGAAAGGCGGCGAGUGUGUUGAGGACGAGGAGAAGAGAGCGAGAAGCCUUUGGAAUGACGAAGUUGGAGGGCAACCACGCAUCGAUCAGUGUGCCCGGUGUGUGCGCGGCGAGGAGAUUUGGCUGAGCCUGCCUGCCCGCUUGCCAAACCACCACGUCUUCUUCGCCGCUGCCUCUGGAGCCGCCAUGGAGAACCACGUCGGCGAGCGGACCGUCAACGUCUUCGGAAAGGUAUUUCCGCGCGACGCCUUCAUCUGUCGCCUCUUCUACCUGACCUUCUUCGCCUCGUUCGGCAGUCUGUUCCCACUGCUCGCCGUCUACUUCAAGCAGCUCGGCAUGACGGCCGCACAGACCGGCUUUUUGCUCGGUUCCCGGCCUCUCAUUGAGUUCGCCUCCGGGCCUUUCUGGGGAUCUUUCGCCAGCAGAUUCAGGUGAAAUCACCUUUACUUGCUUCGACUGAGAAAUUAAGUUUGAAAAAGGAUACCUUUGCCGCUUGAGGCUGUUGAGAGGUGAUCUCAACACUUUUCGCAAAACAAAAUGAAGAGGAAAAUCCACGAUUUGAUGGUAUCACUUCAGGCAGCUUGAAAUCUAUAUUUAGAAAAAUUAUCUUCGAUUUUUUGUGAUUUACCAGAGUAAAAGUUUUGCAUUUCGUUAACUUGUUCAUCCUUCGUCCAUCUCGAAUUUAAAUGAAAAACGUCCUUCCGAUUCUCGUUCAAAGCUGUGGAAAGCUCAGAAGAGUGCUGCUUCAGGAAGCAGAAGUUGCUGCUGCUCUUCUCGUUGGGCUCUCUGAUCGUUUUCACGUUGGCUGUCGGCCUUGUCCAGCCUGUCACACCGUAUUGCGUCGUCUACUUGCCAGGUAUCCUUCUUCUCAAUAUGAUCUUCGACUUGUUCUAAUUUUUUCGCUGUGUAAUUAUGUUUGUUUGUUCGAAUCUGUCCAAGAUGGAGAGAUUUAUUUUUUAAAAGUUAGAUACCGUUAUUCGUUUCUUUUUGUCCUUUCUUGAUAUUGACAGCUUAUUUCGCGGAAACGAGUCUUUUUCAAAAAAACUAAUUGAAUUUAUUAGAAAAAGAAGGCGGCUAAAUAUGCUGUUUCGUCCAGUCAAUCCAGCGCGACAGAAUGAAUGUCUGUGAGAGAAAAUAAAUGAGUUUUAUUCAUAAAUUCUUCUUUUUUCUAGUCAUUUUGGCUUUAAAACAAUCACCACUGAUUUGAAAUUUUAACUCAAGAAGGUUUUUUAAAUGAUAAAAAAAGAUUUUUUUCAAAUUAAUUGUCAACGUGUUAUUUGUCGAAAGAUGAAAAGGAUAAGGUAUAGCCUAUAGGGUCACUUCGAAUGGCCUAUUUCUUUCUCAGAGGAAGAUGGUUUGCAGAAGGCAACCGAUCAUGUCGAAUGAUGCUGGCGCCAGCAGGAAACGUGAUCCGCGGCGGCGCCCUUGGAAUGCUCAAAGAAGCUGUGGUCGGCGGCUCGAAGCGCCAACGGCGCCAAACGCAAAGCCGUAGGUCGCGAGGGUCUCGAGAAGAUCUGACCUCUUUGCAGCCAUCAUCGAGAAGAUCAUCGACCUGAGCUCCUUCGACAGCGCCGAGGACACGGUCGCCGGAAUCGCUCCCGAAUACAUCACUCGGGAAAGAGUCCGUUGUUCUUUCUCUGAAUCGCCGCCACUUUAACGAUUUUUGUGUUUUUUUUUUACUCCGCCGUCUGACUUAUCCUUUUUUUUGCAAGUUUAAUGGAUGUGUUUAUGAGGCAAAAAUCUCAAAAAACGUUACAUCGAAAGCAGAAGACUGGGGUCAAUCUCAGCUGUUUUAUCUAAAUUUAAACUCGCUUUUCAUUAUCAAUCAAAUUUUGUUACAGUUGUCGUGAUGACAGCUGAACAUCAUUCCGAGUUUGAAAAUGAAAAAAAAACGUUCAAAAUUUUUGGAAACAACGACUGAAAAUGCAAAAGUUUCUAUUUUCGAAUCGUUUGGUUGAGUUUGUUUCGAUUUGACUUUUUGAUAAUCAAAGCAAUUUUAUUUGAAGACAUUUUUUUUUCCAAAAGACACCUUCCCGAAAGAUACCUUUCAAAACAAAACUUCCCUAUAGGAUGUCUUUUUUCAAGUCCAACUCUAAGAAUGAUUGAAGGUGUGCAACUACGUAGAGGAAGAGUACGGAGUCCUGGUGUCGCCGCCGCACUCGACGCGUGUCUACCGACAGCCGGCCGUGGAGCAGGUCCCUCCCGGCGCCAUUCCUUCCAAAAAGACGGUUCAGGGCUUCAUGUUGCUGCUCAUCCUCAUCGUCUUGGGCGAGUUCUGUUCGUCCCCCGCCUUGGCUUUGGCUGACGCCGCGACGCUCCAAGCCGUCAAAGAACAGCCCCAAGAGGUGCACAGACAGUUUAACCGUCUUAAAUCACUUUAUCUACAGUUUGGAAAAAUCCGACUGUUUGCCUCAGUUGGCUGGGGUCUGGCCAUGUUUGUGAUGGGCAUCGGCCUCGACUACUCGGACACUUUUCGAAACCAUCCUUGUCCUGCUGAAAACACUACGGAGAAAAACUACACUCUUUGCUUCGUGAUAAGCAGCAUAUUUAUGCUGGCAGCGAUGCUCCUUGGUGAGACAUUCUAGAAUCAUUCUUUUUUCCACGGGUUCUUUACAGCUACGAAAUUCAAGUUUGGUGAUGACGUGGCGCCCACGACAGAAGUCGCUGGACUCGUGAUGGACACGCGAGAAUCCGAAGUGUCUCAUGUGGUGGCAGAAAAGGCGCGGGCCAGACAGCUCCAGGCGAGUCAAAAUCGAGAUCCUUGUCGAGAAACGCAGCGCGCUCUGGAAACGUCUCAGACCCACAUCAUAGGACCAAUGGGAGACGAUACCAGCUCAUCAAAUUAAUGAUCCACUAGAACAUAGUUGGGAAUGUACAUUGGAUUAAGCAAGUCGAAGUCGAGUUGAAGCAUUUUUUUGAGUUGUGCGAAAAAGAGUUAUUGUUUUGCAAAACCAUUUUUUUUUUCAUUAAAGAAGAAGCAAUAUUUUUAUUUGGCAUUGAAAAAAAAAGUGAGUUAUUCAAAGAGAGUGAAAAAAAACUGCAAAAAAAAAAUUAAAAUUUUGAGGAAUAAAGAGAAUAGUGAUCAUAAUAGUGAUAAUUACAAUAGGAUAAUAUCAAACAGUUAUUUGAGACAAGAAACAGGGCAAAAAACGGUUGUGACGAAGUGAAUCCGAGUUAAUAUUUUCCGAAGCGGGAGUCUUUGAGGAAAGACGACUUUUCCAGGCGGACAGCGCGGAGAAUUCUUUGCUGACAACGGUGAAAGUGAUGGCAAGUCCGCAUUUGGCGCUGUACUUGCUCUCCGUGGUGGUGAUGGGCGGCGGCGCAGGUCUCGUCUUUUCUUUCCUCUUCUGGCAUCUUCAGGUUGACUCGGCUAGCUUUUGUUUCUCAUUCGGUAUUUGAAGGAUCUCGGAGGAUCGCCAGUCUUAUUCGGCAUCCUCUCCGUCACGAAUCACGCUUCUGAAAUCGUUGCCUACUUCUAUACGUUCCAGAUCAUCAACAAGUUCGGUCAUGUCAAGGUUUACCCGGAUAUUUCCGAUUUGAAAAAAAACGGCAAUCAAACAAAAUUAAUGACAAAAUUGAAGAAAUGUCAAGUGGUGUUUAUCUUGAAAAAAUGAACCUUCAUUAAAUUUAAACUGAAAGAAAGCGUUCAAACUUUAGGCUUUAUCAAAAACGAAAAGAAGAUUUGUUUCAACCAUGAUCUGAAACGAAUGUUUUUUGCUCUUUUUUCCCAAAAUUCGGUUCAAUUUUUGUACUUUCAAAUAGUCAGAAAAACUGUUGCUUAUGAUGGUGAUCCUUUUUUUUCUUUCUUUUGGAACACAAAAAGAGGAGAAAACAUUUAAUAGUUUUGUAUUUCAAGGUGAUGUACAUUUGCCUGGGGGUGAACGUGUUCCGAUUCCUGGCACUCAGUUGGCUGGACAAUCCGUGGAUGGUGCUGCCUCUGCAAGUCCUCCAAGGUGAGAGUUGUGUUGAGCACGUCGAGCUCAGCUGUCAAAUGAAGGUGUCUGUCUGGCGACGGUGUGGGCGUCGGCCUCUUCCUACAUUUCCUUGGUCGCUCCGCCGCACAUCAAGUCCAACGCGCAGUACAUUCUGCAACUCGGCUACCACGGCCUCGGAAAAGGCAUCGGCAGCAUGGUUGGCGGCUCCGUCAUUUCAGUCAUUGGUGAGAUCCGUAGCACAAAUAUCGCUCUGCCAAAUUCCACAAAAUCGAACUGAAAACCCGUUAGGCGGACAUUUUCGCCAUCUUCCUGUCAAAAAUAAGUUGUUCUACUGAUAUUGAGCGAGAGUUUCGAUAAAUUCUACUGUAGUGAACAUGAUAUCUACAGCUUAUAAAUGGUUGAUUUAAGGCUCGCGGUACACUUUCGCCCUGUACGGGCUUAUCUGCUUUCUGAUGUGUGUCGGAAGUUUCGGGCUGAACAAGCUCUUCAAGUACGAAGGAAUCAAGUACGGAGCGGGGAACUUUGACGAAGAAGAUGUCGACAUCAUGGGUGAGGCUGUUUUUUUGUGAUGAAGAAAAGAUGAGCUAACCGUGAGAAAUCAAUAUUUGAAACGGUUAGCUCGCGUGAGAAAACAUAGAAUGCUGAAUUGUUGAAGACUUGAGUUUUAGCCACUUUUUCACAGAACGAUUUCUUUUUUUCUCCUCAUUAGAUUAUUUUUUUUUUGAUUGGAAAGAAAAACAUUUGACGUUACAAAAAGGCUAAUUUUGUCUAUAUUCAGCACCUCAAGGAGUUCCAAUGGCUCGCGACGGAAAGUUGACCGACGCUUUCAACACUGCCGUCGUCAACGCCAACUACGGCGCCAUCAGUCAGGAGGACCCCACUCAGGACGCCUAUGACAGAUACGUUAGCUCCACCAGAUGA